AUGACAACGGCUCCGUCGUCACCGCGUCCUCGGACGCCCUCCGCCCUCCGCGGGUGGCUGCAGGAGACCGUCUGCUUCUCACGCGCCGGCCCUGAACAAAUAGCCAGAUACAACUCAAACUAUAACGAAGAUAGUACAAAUUAUAACGACACAGGACCAAAGUCGUUGAUGGAGUUGUCGGACGCUACUUUAGGAUCUAUGAUUUCUGCACUGAUUCGAUACUGUGAUCCUCCGCAGAAAAUGUUCCCAUUGAAGAAAGGGGCUCCGCCGCCGUGGUGGCCCACUGCAGAGGAGGAUUGGUGGGCCCCAUCUGGGUUCCCGACCGAUCAGGGUCCGGUUCCGUAUAAGAAGCCCCACGAUUUGAAGAAGGCUUGGAAGGCGGGAAUUCUCGCUGCCGUGAUAAAGCACUUGAUGCCCAAGACGUCCAGGAUCGCCGCGGUGAUCAGGCAGUCGAAGCGGCUGCAGCAUAGGAUGUCCGCGAAAGAGAAUAAGAUCUGGAUGGGUUUCGUGGCGAAGGAGGAGGAGAUGUACGUGAAAUCGCUGCAAGAUUCGGGUGAGGACGCAAACAAACAACAGUCCGAGGACUAUAUGGCAUCAAUGAUGAAUCUUGAAUUCAAUAGUUGCGAUCAAAGCUCUAGGCUGCAGGGCUUCGGUAUGGUUGACAAUUUAUCUAACUUUAACUACAACUUAGUGGGAGUGGGAGUGAAUAACUCACUGGUGUAUCAGCCACAGCCUGCGAUGGCGGUGCCUGAGGAAACUAACCAGAGCCGAGUACAGUGUAGGGAGAGGUGCGGGUUCGCUGCUCCCUCUCCUUUCUUUAUAGAGGACUAUGGUUUUUGA